AGACUGCGCAGGCGCCUUGGAUGGAACCGAUGUGUAUGAGAGGAAGGUCCAGGUGAAGUCCAGGGCACGCAUGCGAUGCAAAAAGUUUUGUGGCAUGCCGAUCCUCUGCGCCUGCGCAAAGGGGAAUGAAAGAAGAACAGUCACAUCCUGCAGUUUCCUGGCUUCCCUUUCUCCUUCCUCCCACUCCAUCCUGUUGCGCUUGCGCAUAAUGUUGCUGCAGGGGCCUUGCGGAAUAAUGAUCCUCUGCAGCUACGUAAGGGGGAAAGAAUUGCAAGAGGGAGACAUGCUGCCAAAUAGUGAGCUGUGAGUGCUGUUCCUGCUUUUCACAAGGGGAAAAGAAGAGGAGGACCUAGGAAUGGUGGUGGAGUGGGGAGGGGAUUCCCUUUGUUAUUGUUGUUGUUAUCCCCUUCCAUUGCACCUACCUGGGCCACUGGCUUACUACUGUUUAUCCUGAUAGAGAACAAAGUGGCAGAAGUUACUUCCUGAGGCCAACAGGGUGAAGAUUACACACCCAGAUUUUUUUUAACUAACCUGUGAAAUCCUGUCCGACCUCCAAACUGGCGAUGUCAAGGGUACCGAGUCCUCCUCCUCCGGCAGAGAUGUCAAGUGGACCUGUUGCAGAGAGCUGGUGUUACACUCAAAUUAAAGUGGUCAAAUUUUCCUACAUGUGGACCAUCAACAAUUUCAGCUUUUGCCGGGAGGAAAUGGGUGAGGUCAUCAAAAGUUCAACAUUUUCUUCGGGAGCAAAUGACAAAUUGAAAUGGUGUUUGCGUGUGAACCCAAAGGGCUUGGAUGAAGAGAGUAAAGAUUAUCUUUCGCUCUAUCUGUUACUGGUCAGCUGUCCGAAGAGUGAAGUCCGAGCCAAAUUCAAGUUCUCCAUCCUGAAUGCCAAAGGAGAAGAAACAAAAGCGAUGGAGAGCCAGCGAGCGUAUCGGUUUGUGCAAGGCAAAGACUGGGGAUUCAAGAAGUUUAUUAGAAGAGAUUUUCUCUUGGAUGAGGCCAACGGACUCCUUCCAGAUGACAAGCUCACUCUCUUCUGUGAGGUGAGUGUAGUACAGGACUCUGUCAAUAUCUCCGGCCAAAACUCCAUGAACAUGGUGAAGGUACCCGAAUGCCGCUUGGCUGAUGAGUUGGGAGGCCUCUGGGAAAACUCUCGCUUCACUGACUGCUGCCUGUGUGUGGCAGGCCAGGAGUUCCAGGCUCACAAAGCCAUAUUAGCAGCACGGUCUCCGGUUUUCAGCGCUAUGUUUGAACAUGAGAUGGAAGAGAGUAAAAAGAAUCGAGUCGAAAUCAACGACGUGGAGCCUGAAGUUUUUAAAGAAAUGAUGUGUUUCAUUUACACGGGGAAGGCGCCUAACCUUGACAAAAUGGCUGACGAUUUGCUUGCAGCCGCUGACAAGUAUGCUCUGGAACGCUUGAAGGUGAUGUGCGAGGAUGCUCUGUGCAGCAACCUGUCUGUAGAAAACGCAGCAGAGAUCCUAAUCUUGGCUGAUCUACACAGCGCUGAUCAGCUAAAAACUCAGGCAGUCGACUUCAUAAACUACCAUGCUUCUGACGUCAUGGAGACUUCAGGCUGGAAGUCGAUGGUCGUCUCUCACCCUCAUUUGGUGGCCGAGGCGUAUCGUUCGUUGGCCUCUGCGCAGUGCCCCUUUCUGGGACCUCCACGCAAGCGGCUGAAGCAGUCCUAAGGCUGGACCCCCAUCGCACAACCCGGUGUGUGUGUGUGUGUAUUUUUUUUUAAAGGAAGUAGCGACGGAAACAGUUGCUUCUCCGACCUUGACCACCAGGUAGACAAUGCAACCUGUGGAGCUUUUUACUCUGUUG